AUGUUCCGAUUCGUGCUCCUCAUCGCCUUCGCCUUGUUCGCCCUGAGCCAAGCUUUGCCUGGUGGAUACGGCGGCGGAUAUGGGGGCGGCAUGGGCGGUGGAUACCAGAGCGGUGGAUACGCCGGCGGAAAUAUGGGUGGCGGUUUCGAUCCCAGCAUGUCGAUGGGAAUGAAUGGUCAAAUGGGCGGAUUCCAGGGC